AUGCGGUUCCAGACAUUAAUCUACCGCGCGCUAAUAAGUCUUAACGACGGGCACACGAUGUUCAGCUCCGCGUGCUUCCACCGAACCGCGUCCUACUACCUCCCGCUGCCGCUUGUCGCUGUCGUCGAGGAUGGUAACCAGAUCAUCCGCGUCGCGCCGUCCUCGCUCCUCCUAGAAGGCCUAGACGUGGCGGCACUGGUCCUCCAUCAAUUCGACUACUACCGCUACGAGGGCGCGCAGGUCACCACCAUCAAUGGCGCCCCCGCCAUGGACUACCUGUUAGAGUGGGCGGCGCGCUACGUUGGGCAGUACCGCGACUCGGGCGUGCGCUUUAACCUGCUCUUUGCGAGGCGGGUUGUGUCGAAAGCGACAGGCGCGGUGAUUGCGACUCAGGGCGCAUUCGCACAGCGGAGCCUGGCGCCCACGAAUGAUAGUGUUGUGGUGGAGCUGAUACUGGCGGGCAUGCGGGUGUGGGGCAUGGGGGUGUGGGGCAGUGGGUAUGGGCAUGCUGAUGUGGGGCAUGCAUGGGGUAUGGACAUGGGGUGUGGACAUGGGGUGUGGACAUGGGGUAUGGACAUGGGGUAUGGACAUGGGGUAUGGACAUGGGGUAUGGACAUGGGGUAUGGACAUGGGGUAUGGACAUGGGGUAUGGACAUGGGGUGUGGACAUGGGGUAUGGACAUGGGGUGUGGACAUGGGGUAUGGACAUGGGGUGUGGACAUGGGGUGUGGACAUGGGUGCUGCUGCUGCUGCUGCUGCUGCUGCUGCUGGCGGUGACGGGCGUGCCUCGUCAGUGCCAGCGCCGAAUGACCUCCCAGGGGCGCAAAAAUUGUCCACCGCAACAGCACUGAUUCCCGUAUACCUGCUAGCAGACAACGCCACGGCGGUCAUCUGGCUGCACACCUUCCUGCCAGCAUUGGACGGCUCAGAUGAAGCCCUCAUCGCCUUCCUGCUCACCGAGAUCUCCACAGCCGUUGAUCUCGCCAACCAACACGGCAAGCGUAUACUAAUGGACGUGAGUGGCAACGGUGGGGGCUACGCAGACAUAGCCUACCUCCUGCUGCGCCUAGUGGCCGGCAAGCACAAGGCCCCCAAGGGCCGCGUGCAGAUGCCGCAGCAGCUGCUCAUCUCCAAUGCGUUCAUGCUCUCACUGCUGGACAAGCAGCUCACCUCGUUCUACCAGUGGGACAAGUACGUGAGGGUCGACGAGACCACUCCGGUGAAAAGCGCACGCGAUUUCAAGCCGUUUCAGGAGGAAACGUUUUCGCCGGACGGGCAGCCCGGAGUGUACUCGGGGUUGUUUAAACUCGCCACGUUUCCCGGGCUCGAGAAGGUGCCGUUUCGCGGCCCGGUGUUUGGGACCCGGCCGCUCGUUAUAGUCACAAACGGGAACUGCUUCUCGGCCUGCGCUAUCUUCACACACAAUCUCCGGAAGCGGUUCAAUGUGAAGCAUGUGACUGUAGGGGGGGUCUUGGGUCAACCCCUCGGGAUCAGUGCGUCGUGCAUGGGAGCGACCAUGCCAUCUUUAGAAACCGGAGUGACUAACUUCCUAACCGGGACGAAACUUGCCGACCACCCGCGCGCGCCGAAGCCGUUUCCUUAUAAUGUGGUGCAAGGGGUGGCGGUGGUACAGGGGUAUGUGGAGGAUAAAGUGCCGUGCGAAUAUGUUUUUCUGCCCGGGGACCAGCAUGUUGACCUGACCAUGGAUAAGGUGGCGAACCCUGCUCUUGUGUGGACAGAGGCCUCCCAAUACUUCUAA